GUGGCUGGAGUCAGGGCAGAGCGUGAGCGGAGCCGGUGCCGGCGGGGCUGCUUACACCCCGGCGGGAGCGCACAGCCGAGCCGAGCUGACUGGACUCGCCGACGGGCCCCAAUCCCAAGGCUGCGGCAGCUUCGUUUCCGAGCCCGACCGGAACGGAGUCCAAGUCCCGGUCCCUGCGGGGAUCGCUUUUUGCAGACUAGUGGGACCCCGAAACUUGAACUCAAUCCCUAACCCCCUUUUUAUGCCUUCCUUUGUCACUUCCCCGGCUUUAACCCAACGUGUUUUUUUCUCCUCCCUUCAUCCCCCCCCCGCUUUUCAUUCUCCCUCUUCCGAAGGACACAAAAGUGGCUUCCGCGGAAAGAUUUGGAGGCGGUGGGAGCUUUUCUCUUUGGAUAGCGACUGUGUAGAAAGGAUUUUGGGGAACCGCUUUUAACAGCUCUGCCGACUGUCCCCCAAGCCUCUCUGUACCCCUCCGAGGACAACCCUUAUCUUGAAAGUUCGGGGGGCAUUUUGUUGGGUGCUGUAGGAGAGAGGAGGAGGACCCUGUCCUCGUCCUGGUAGUUGACUGGACUUGUAUCGGCCGUUGGAAAUCCCGAAGUACAUUUCCGUGUGGAACUUUUACAGAUCUAUAUUUUUAGAUUUUAAAUACCAGAUAAAAAAUAUAUAUGCUCUCUAUAUAUUUCCUGACGGCCUGCCCCUGACAGCGCGAUGUACAAUACAGUGUGGAGUAUGGACCGCGAUGACGCAGACUGGAGGGAGGUGAUGAUGCCCUAUUCGACAGAACUGAUAUUUUAUAUUGAAAUGGAUCCUCCAGCUCUUCCACCAAAGCCACCUAAGCCAAUGACGUCAGCAGUUACAAAUGGAAUGAAGGACAGUUCUAUUUCUCUUCAGGAUGCAGAAUGGUACUGGGGAGAUAUUUCAAGGGAGGAGGUGAAUGACAAGUUACGGGACAUGCCCGAUGGUACCUUCUUGGUUCGAGAUGCAUCAACAAAAAUGCAGGGAGAUUAUACUUUGACUUUGCGGAAGGGAGGCAAUAAUAAGUUAAUAAAGAUCUAUCAUCGGGAUGGUAAAUAUGGCUUUUCUGAUCCUCUGACAUUUAAUUCUGUGGUGGAGCUCAUUAACCACUAUCAUCAUGAAUCUCUUGCUCAGUACAAUCCCAAACUUGAUGUGAAGCUGACAUACCCAGUGUCCAGAUACCAACAGGAUCAGUUGGUAAAAGAAGAUAACAUUGACGCAGUAGGUAAAAAACUGCAAGAGUACCACUCUCAGUAUCAGGAUAAGAGUAAAGAGUAUGAUAGGCUAUAUGAAGAAUAUACCAGAACAUCCCAGGAAAUACAGAUGAAGAGGACUGCAAUUGAAGCUUUUAAUGAAACAAUUAAAAUAUUUGAGGAACAGUGUCACACACAAGAACAACACAGCAAAGAAUAUAUUGAGCGAUUUCGCAGAGAGGGGAAUGAAAAGGAGAUUGAACGAAUUAUGAUGAAUUAUGAUAAAUUGAAAUCCCGUCUGGGUGAGAUUCAUGAUAGCAAAAUGCGUCUAGAGCAGGAUUUGAAGAAACAAGCUUUGGAUAACCGAGAAAUAGAUAAAAAAAUGAAUAGUAUCAAACCUGACCUGAUACAGCUGCGCAAGAUCCGAGAUCAGCACCUUGUAUGGCUCAAUCACAAAGGAGUGAGACAGAAGCGCCUGAAUGCGUGGCUGGGAAUCAAGAAUGAGGAUGCUGAUGAGAACUAUUUUAUCAAUGAGGAAGAUGAAAACCUGCCCCAUUAUGAUGAGAAAACCUGGUUUGUGGAGGAUAUCAAUCGAGUUCAAGCAGAGGAUUUGCUUUACGGGAAACCUGAUGGUGCAUUCUUAAUUCGUGAGAGCAGCAAGAAAGGAUGCUAUGCUUGCUCUGUGGUUGCCGACGGGGAAGUGAAGCACUGUGUGAUCUACAGCACUGCUCGGGGCUAUGGCUUUGCAGAGCCCUACAACCUGUACAGCUCUCUGAAAGAGCUGGUGCUCCAUUACCAGCAGACAUCCCUGGUUCAGCACAACGACUCCCUCAACGUCAGGCUUGCCUACCCUGUCUAUGCACAGAUGCCCUCGCUCUGCAGAUAAAGAGGAAGUGGGGAGAGAGGUGGCUCUUUAGCAUUGUUUUUCUACAGUUUUUAUUAGACUACGAUGAGGGCAUUCUUUCUACGUAGACUGCUUGUUUUGCACAAGAUGUGAUUCUGUGAAUGUGAAGUGGAGAGGCCGAGCAGCCGCUGGCCUGGAUGGGGGCAUUAGGGGCCUGGGUUCUCUGCGACUCAGCAGUGCCACUGCACUGACUUACUAAGCUGGAAGCAGAUGUUUUUGGGAAAGUCUAUUUCAUUGGGGUUUUUGUUUUGUUUAGCCAGGGACGCUCAACAGAACUGACUAGGCUUGAUGGGGGCUGGGGAUGGGGGAUGUAUUUGGAAGCCUUUGAAGAGUCCAUGUCCUCUUUUGGUCUUUAACUCUGAGAAUGCAGCAGGGGCCUGGCUCUGUUGGGAGUUUUGUUUUGCUCUGGCAGUCUCUCUUCCUUCCCCUCCCCAAAAAAGUCUGUUUGGGUUCUGUGGCAGAAUGGGAUUUGGUGGAAAGACAACCAAAGGAAAAUGGGGAGGCUUGGGAUUUCAUUUAAAGAAUCUAAGGUGGUAAAAAACCUUCAAGUGAAGGUACUUUAUUUUACUAACAUAAUUUAGAAUUCAGCAUCUCACAUGUUCCUCCCUUUAGAGAAGCAUUAUGUUCAGAAACCAACAAAACAAAGUUUGUUGCCAGACCAAGGUUUGAUGGGAGAAGACAGCACUAGUAGCUGAAUGUAUACUUCUGUACCAAAACUUGAAAAUAAAAACAAAACUAGAAUUUGUGAGUUUUAGUAAACACUAAAAUUGGUCAGUGUAACCCCUUCUGUCCUAUCCUUGUUUCUUGGAGAUGAAGAAUAGCAUUCUUUUUGUGGGGAUGGUGAGCUUUGAGUCUUAACAUGAAGUUGGUGCUUGUGUGGUGUUUCCUUAGCCUAAAGAACGGUAUGUUGUUUGAAACCUUUGUAACUUGUUUGUAUGAGUAAAGGUGCAAUCCAGUGCUUUUAGAUGGCUUGAUAUACCAAAUAAUGAUAUAGAACAACAUUCUUAAUUUGUGCUUCCCAAAGUUUAAAGGCCCUGCAGAAGCAGUAAAAUGGUUUUAUUUCCCUUCAUCUCCCCCUCCUUUGCUGGGUAAGGUUUAGGGAGCCAUAGAUGGCUAAGGAGGGGAGUCAGAUUGUGGUCAGGGACCUCAGUAAAUCACAGACCCAGGGGCCCUGGUGUCCAGGGUGAGGGUCAUACCACAUUAUACAUGUGCUUCCAUACAGUGAUUUCUGAAGCUUUUGUAGGGAGAAAAGAUGGCUUACAGAGUUUAGACUGUUGGUAGAAGCCAUCCGGAAGCUUUUUCUUCUUGCCUUUUUUGUGAUCCUGCCAUUAAGGCAAUGUGCACAGUCUGCCCUCAUGCUCCAGUGGCCUUGAUUUUAGGCCAGGAAUCUUCUGCUCCAUGUGGCUUAAGCCUUACAGCUGAGUGAAGCUAGCCGAAUGGAAUGGGCGUGGGGGAGCAGGCAUCUACUCCUGCCUCUAUUAUGCCCCACACCCAUCAGUCAACACUCAUUUGACAAAGUCCAGCUGCCUCUGAGCCAAUCCUGGGACCGUACUAGGCUCAGAGCAAGUCAGCUGUUUGAGCCCAAAGUUGUGCAGUCAGACAUCCUGGCUGAGCUAGAGAAGCCAGUACUGGGGUCUUGGUUCAUAAGUCUUACAGCUAGGAAAGCUCUAGUUUUGGGGGUGAAAGAAAAAUAUUACCUUCUCUAAGCACUUACCUGGGUGAGGGUCUAAAAUAUGGACCAUGAUGUAGACAUUGACAAAAAAUUUUGGAAAAACCUCCAGUUAACUAGCGAUGAGGAUAGGAAGGAAAGUGCUUACCUUUGGCUUUUCCUUGGCUAUCUUGCAGUUUCAAGAUUGGAUGAGAUAGAGAUAAAUGAACCGCCCUCAAAUGUCACUGUUCUGACUUAAGCCCUUGGCUAACAGCCAUCACACCCCUUCCCCACACUGCCAGACUGAAAUCUUACUGAAAGUUUUCCUGAGCAAUGCCAGGCUAAUUGCUGCUGGGCACACCUGGAUGCUUUGCACCUGGUGUCGAACCUGGUUAAGCAGUGGAUGCUCACGAUUAGGUCCAAGGAAUCCCUUCUAUCUGGUACUAAAAUUUUAGUGUGUUCUUUUAAAAUAAAUCAAAUGGGUAUAUGGAUAUGCGCUUGUGGUGUUGAACAAUGUGUCUGUUCCUUUUUGGGCAGACAUUGAGGGUGUGCAAAGAGAGAGCGAGUGCCAUCUAAUUACCCACAUUUGGGCUGGCUUGCGAAGGGCUGCUUUUCUUCAGUCCUACAUUCCUUCACUUUCAUUUCUGUUUUUCAUUCUUGAAUUCAUAGCUUUGUGGGAUCUAAGACCCAGGGAUCAUUUGAGAAAUGGAAAAUAUCUUUUCUGACCAGUUGCCAUAUGACUUGUUUGAUCCUGAGCCAGUGGAAACGGCAGAGGGACAGUCUACCAACCACUGGGCCUGGUGUGCGUGGAGGGGUGGUACGCUUCUCCUUCACUCCGUGGCUUGGGAGCAGAUUGUGGCCUUCAUUAGUCUAGCUCUGUAUCCUGUCCCAUCACCUGGGCCCUGGGACUAGCUCUCUUGGCAUCUUAACUGCAGUCUCACAGAGGAAGAGGGUAAAGAGACAGACCAAGACCAGAGGGGCUUGGUUUUUCUCUCCUGGCUAGAGAAGCUAGCCAGCAACAUGAAAGCAGUGUGGGGCUGGCUGGACACGGGCCCUAGGCUCAUCUUUUCCAGGUGGAACUUUCAUUACAGAACAAUGCUCUGUCUCCACCUGGCCAAAGAUGUCAAACCUUGGCCAUGGUUCAGGCCUGGAUAGGCUGCCUGUGUCCUAACCACUAAUCUGACCAAGGAUGAGGACUUCACACUUCCACUCCUCCCUCUCCAAACCUUGAUGGGAUCUCCUACUUUAGACCUCAUGUGCUCAGAAACAGCUCUGAAAGUCAGUGUGGUAUCUUCUGUGGGUCUCCUCUUCUUGCUGCAAGGAACCAGCCCCAUGUUUUCUCUUGAACCAAGAGUUGCAUCUGGGCAAUUCCUGGUUUCUAAGGUGGUCUCUGUUGCCAGUUAAGACCCUAGAGUAGGCCUCUGUGAGGCUUCAAUGGCUUCAGAAAACAGAGGGUCCAGAUGGGUCCUCUGCUGCCAGCUGCUCAGCCUUGCUUUAGCUCUAGCCACUUGUGACAACCUUGUUUCCUUACAAGUUCCAGCAUGUGACUUUGGUGCCCUGUUGUUAUGUGUGAAAAACCUAUUCUGUUGUCUUUGAUGUAGUCAAAAAAAUUCAUGUAGUUUACGUAAAAAUAUCUGAUUCACAAGGAAGCCAACUGUAUGUCGUGUUGGGACAGUUCAUAAUGUAGUUCCUAGGCCACUUUUGCAAAUUGUUCUUGUCACCAGAUGUGUUCAGACAUUGCUGUGCAGUUGUGGGGGAGGGUGGGGGGAAGGUGAGGGGAGAUACUUUUUGGUCUUUUUGUUUUUAACCUUCCCCAAGAGGGGACAGUCUGGCCAACUUGCUCCAGUAAUGCAAUAAAGACAUUGCAAUAAAG